UCCCGCCAAUUUCAGAUAGAAAAAAAAAAAAGGAAAAAAAAAUCAUGCGGUUUCCGGCGAUCCGAUUCCGGCCGUCAUGCACGGCGGAGAUCGUCGCCGCCAACCGCCGCAUCAACCACCACGCGCGCCUCGGUCAGAUAGAGGUCGCACGCCGGGUGUUCGACGAAAUGCCAGAGCGCAGCAUAGUCUCUUGGAACUCGAUUAUUGCCGCCCACUUCCUCAACCACCAGCCUCACCAUGCUCAACACCUGUUCGAUCGAAUGCCUCAGCGAAAUGCUGCCUCUUGGAAUGCUAUGAUCUCCGGUUAUGUCAAAGUCCGACGCCUUGACACUGCACGCAAGGUCUUUGACUCGAUGCCUGAGCGCAAUGUGGUGUCUUGGACCUCCAUGAUCCAUGGUUACAUUCAAGAUGGAUUGGUCUCUGAGGCUGAGAAACUGUUUUAUCAAGUGCCAGAGAAGAAUGUUGUGUCUUGGACUGUGAUGUUGGGUGGGUUGAUUCAAGAUGGUCGGAUUGAUGAUGCUAGGAAGUUGUUUGAUGAGAUGCCCGAGAAAGAUAUUGUUGCUAGAACGAGUAUGAUUGGUGGAUAUUGUCAGGCUGGUCGAAUGAAAGAAGCACGCGAGAUAUUUGAUCGAAUGCCAAAACGAAAUGUGAUAACUUGGACUAAUAUGAUCUCAGGUUAUGUGCGUAAUUCACAGGUGGAUGUUGCAAGGAAGCUCUUUGAGGUGAUGCCGGAGAGAAAUGAGGUGUCUUGGACAGUGAUGUUAACUGGGUACACGCAUGUCGGGAAGAUCGAUGAGGCUUUUGAGUUUUUCAAGAGAAUGCCGGAGAAGUCAGUUAUCGCAUGCAAUGCGAUGAUCCUUGGGUUGGGGCAGAAUGGAAUGGUGGUUGAAGCGAGGAAGGUGUUUGAUCAGAUGAUGGAAAGAGAUGAUGGCACAUGGAGUGCGAUGAUAAAAGUAUAUGAGAGGAGUGGAUUUGAUUUGGAAGCUCUUGAUACUUUUAGAUUAAUGCAGAAAGCUGGUGUUUUUCCAAAUUAUCCUUCAAUAAUUAGCAUCCUUGCUGUUUGUGCUAGCAUGGCGAUUCUUGAUCAUGGUAGGCAAGUUCAUGAGGUGAUGGUGAGGUAUCAUUAUGAUGCUGAUGUGUUUGCUGUUUCAGCUUUGAUAACAAUGUAUGUGAAAUGCGGGAAUCUUGCAAAGGCUAAGAGAGUUUUCGAUAUGUUUGAUUCAAAGGAUGUUGCAAUGUGGAACUCAAUGAUAACUGGUUAUGCGCAACAUGGCUUGGGAGAGGAAGCUUUAGGUGUUUACUAUGAUAUGAGGGAGGUUGGUAUGGUGCCAGAUGACAUUACAUUUAUUGGGGUUCUUUCUGCUUGUGGCUAUACCGGUAUGGUCAAUGAAGGAAGAGAAAUUUUUGAUUCAAUGAGAUCAGUUUCCUUGGUUGAGCCAAAAGCAGAGCACUAUGCUUGUAUGGUUGAUUUGCUUGGUCGAGCAGGUCAUGUUGAUGAAGCAUUUGAUAUGGUGAAAAAUAUGCCGGUUGAAGCUGAUGCUGUUGUUUGGGGUGCUUUGAUGGGGGCAUGCAGGAUGCACAUGCAUUUGGGCAUAGCAGAGAUUGCCGCUAAAAAGCUUCUUUGCUUGGAGCCAAGAAAUGCUGGUCCUUACAUAUUGCUUUCGAAUAUUUAUGCUUCGAAAGGGAGAUGGCAGGAUGUUGCAGAGCUCCGGAAAGUUAUGAGUGUUCGAAAUGUGAGCAAAUCUCCUGGAUGUAGCUGGGUUGAGGUUGACAAAAAGGUUCAUAUGUUCACCUUGGGAGACUUGCUUGAACAUCCUGAGCAUGUUAUUAUUCUUGGCAUGCUAGAAAAACUAGAUGGGUUGUUAAAAGAGGCAGGUUAUUGUCCAGAUGGGAGCUUUGUUCUCCAUGAUGUUGAUGAGGAGCAGAAGAUGCAUAACUUGCGAUACCAUAGCGAGAGGCAAGCAGUGGCUUUCGGGCUUUUGAAGAUCCCUGAGGGAGUGCCAAUUCGAAUUAUGAAAAAUCUUAGAGUUUGUGGGGACUGUCAUGUGGCAAUAAAGUUGAUUGCAAAGAUCACAGGGAGAGAAAUCAUCUUAAGGGAUGCCAACAGAUUUCAUCAUUUCAGGGAUGGCUCUUGCUCUUGCAAGGAUUAUUGGUGACUCAGGGACCUGCUGUGACAUCUUCCUCUUGAGAUUUUCUAUGGUUGACUGCGAAAUCCAAGCAAUAAGCAACUGGACGUACAGUUCAUUGAACUUUUCCAUCAUCUUCUGACUUAUAAUCAAG